UAUCGCAUAGAAAAAGUAUCGUAUCAACAAUAAACCAAACUAACAAAAAUGUUUAGCCGUAUCCUAAAACCAAGCCUAGUUUUAUGCAGGAGUGUGAGCACUACCGCAUCCCUUCGCUACAAGGAUCCCAUUUACCAGAUUUUCCUGGACAAGGUGCGUGAGUAUCGACUGAAGAGUCCCAAGGGAAAGCCCGUAGAUCCUGGUCCGGAAUUCGAGGCGGAGCUGAAGGAAGUCACUGAGCGCCUGGCUAUUCAAUACGGCGGCGGUGAGGGCGUGGAUAUGCUCGAGUUUCCGAAAUUCAAGUUGCCCGAUAUUGAUAUUGAUCCCAUUUCGGUUGAUGAUCUACCAGAGAACCAACCAAAGCCUGAGAAAGAGAAUAAAUUUAAAGAAGUAAAGGCCAAAGAAAAGGGUGGUGAUAAAGAAGUGAAAGCCAAAGAUGGCAAGAAAGCUGAUGAACCAAAGGGCAAGGAUGAAAAGAACAAAAAAAAGUAGAUCAUCACCAAAAAUAAUCGUUAUAAAUGCUGUUAAAAUUUUCGCACAAUUCUUAAUACUUUUGCAUUGAAUUAAAAAUUAUAAAAUGUUUGUUACAACAAAAUGG